UGCAGCGAAUAAAUUUCUGAAAAACAGCCUACUUUUGAUGACUCGACGUAAUGACUGGUGAAGUAGGUUAGAGACAGUGGUGAUGACUGUUCUAAAGAAGAAAGAAAGAACAGGGUUGUAGAAUAAAAUCUGCAGUGAGCUGUCAACGGGGGAGGGUAUUGAUAAUGGGCGUAAAGGGCGCCCGUGCUGAGCACAGCAGUGACCAUGCUAUUGCCGGGGCUGUCAGUGGAUUUAUGACUAGACUCAUUUGUCAGCCUAUAGAUGUUAUCAAGAUUCGAUUUCAGUUGCAAGUUGAACCAAUAUCGCAUGAUUUCUCGAGCAAAUAUCGCUCGAUCCUGCAGGCGACAAGAACAAUAACAAGUGAAGAAGGUGUUGUGGCUCUCUGGAAGGGCCAUGUACCGGCACAAUUGUUAUCGAUUGUCUACGGGACUGCUCAAUUCUACUCCUACAACAAAAUCAUAGAGUCAUCGAGAAGUUUUGCGACUCUUGACCACUGGCAGAAUUCCGCCCACUUUGUCGCUGGAGCAAUUGCCGGAAGCAUUGCAACCGUAGUUUCUUUUCCGUUUGACACCGUGCGGACGAGACUCGUUGCUCAAGCUCAUCAUCAACCUGUUUACAAGGGCUUUAUUUCCAUUUAUAUAUCAAUCUUAAAAACGGAGUCUCCGCGUGGCUUUUAUCGUGGUCUAUCGCCAACUCUCCUCCAGAUAGCACCCCACACAGGUCUCCAGUUUGUAUUCUACAGUCUCCUCACAGAUUUCUACAAAUCCUUCUCGGAUGGCUCAUCAACAACGGUGCCAAACUCGAUGAUUGCAGGAAGUGCCGCUGGUUUAUUCGCUAAAACCGCAGUUUAUCCAUUAGAUCUGGCGAGGAAACGCCUCCAGAUCCAGGGCUUCGAGCACGGUCGCAUUGGUUUUGGAAAAUUCUUCAGUUGUCGGGGACUAAUGGAGUGCUUAAGUAAAACCGCUAAGAACGAGGGCCUUAGGGGCCUCUUUAAAGGCCUCUUACCUAGUCAAUUGAAAGCCGCAGCCACUACUGCACUUCAUUUCACUUUCUAUGAACAAGCUCUCGUACUUUUACAUAGGUUACGUGUGUAAAUUAAACUUUUGAAUGUAAAAUUAAAAAAAAUAUAAUUUAGCUUAAUAUAGAAUAAUUUAUCGAAGAACUAAAA